CACAGUUUUGGGCGGGCAGGGGUUAACAGUUCGGUUACCGGGCCAGAAGCCCAGAACCCCAAGCUGGUGGCGCAGGAACCCCACCACCUCAACCCCCCCAGUCUGCGGCCUGCACCUGCCCCCUCUGGUGCAAGCAAGUUUUUGCGCCGGUGUCCCUUGUGCGUCGCUGGGCGCCAAAGGGUCCUCCGUUCCAUCAUCCCAAUCUCUGUUCUCGACCUUCCUGUGUCUUGGUGUCUUUUGCGAUUUCUUGCAUUUUUCGCAGUGUUGUUUUGGUUGUUUCAGUCCCUGAAGCUGCUUGUGUUUUUUUUUUUUUUUUGGUGUGGAGAGCUCCAUCUCACUCCCCCCCUGUCGAACAAGGUCGUCGUCAUUGCACCAGCAACCAGGAGCGAGACUCGACAGACACCCAGAGCGCGAUAUCGCCUGCUCUCGCACAACCAUCGUCUCAACCUGUUCCCACACCCCGAAUCAUUCCCCUACGAACACCUUACUUGGCCCCUCCUAGCCCCCUGUGUUGUCAAUUGUUUGUAUUCCGAGAGCAAAUACGAAAAGUUCAUGCCGCUUCCUCCAUCGCACCUGAUAACGCAAACCACCUUUUCGAAACCUCUCUUCCAACCGUAAUAGCUGCUGCCCCAGACCAGAGACUGCUCGAGAGACCAGCGAUAGAAGAACCCUCGGUAUUCGAACCAGGUCAGCGACGGUCGAGUCGCUUGUUGCGCCAACGACCAGCGCAACCCACACCAUGGAGCAUGCAGCACAGGCGAUCGACCAUGUGCAACAACUCUAUAUCCGCGCCGGCGGCGGCGCCGGGCCACCCGCCUCCGAGAGACCCCCCGUUUUCAAGGCGAUCGGCAUAGGCCUCGCCAUUGGCUCCGGCGCCUUCAUCGGUACCUCGUUCGUGCUCAAAAAGGUCGGCCUGCUUCGCGCCAACGAAAAGUACAACGAGGUGGCUGGCGAGGGAUAUGGGUAUCUCAAGAACUUUUACUGGUGGGCGGGCAUGAUCCUGAUGAUCUUGGGCGAGGGACUCAAUUUCGCUGCGUACGCCUUCACCGAUGCCAUUCUGGUCACCCCUCUGGGAGCCCUGUCGGUCGUCAUCACCACCAUCUUGUCUGCCAUUUUCUUGAAGGAGCGCUUGAGCAUGGUCGGCAAGGUUGCUUGUUUUCUGUGUAUCGUUGGGUCGGUUGUCAUCGUCAUGAAUGCACCACAAACAUCGGCUGUUAAGGACAUCCAGGACAUGCAAGGCUUCGUCGUACAUCCGCUGUUUUUGAGCUAUGCGGGCGUCAUUAUCGUCGGCAGCGCUAUUGUCGCAUUUUGGCUGGGACCAAAGUAUGGCGCCAAGAAUAUGAUGGUGUACAUUUCCAUCUGCAGUUGGAUCGGCGGACUGAGCGUUGUGGCGACGCAGGGCCUGGGAGCCGCCAUCAUCGCCCAGGCGGGAGGAAAGCCUCAGUUCAACCAGUGGUUUUUGUAUGUGCUGUUGGUUUUCGUUAUUGCUACGCUCUUGACCGAGAUUAUUUACCUCAACAAAGCGCUCAAUUUGUUCAACGCCGCCUUGGUUACCCCCACCUAUUAUGUCUACUUUACCAGUACCACCAUUAUCACCUCGGCAAUCCUGUUUAGAGGUUUCAAUGGCACACCGACAUCGAUUAUCACCGUGGUGAUGGGAUUCUUGGUUAUUUGCUCGGGGGUUGUUCUCCUGCAGCUGUCCAAGUCCGCCAAGGACGUCCCAGACACUGCCGUCUUUGCCGGUGACCUCGACCAAAUCCAGACCAUUGCCGAGCAGCCCCAGCCCGAAACCGAGCCCAAGGCGGACGCCAUCAGAGGCACCGCUGCCAUUGUCAGGCGCCUGUCAUCCGCGAGACAAAAGAUGGAAUUGGAGGAGCUCAAACGAUUGCACGAGGAAAAGAUUCAAGAGAGUCUUGCCCCUGUCAGCGAAAAUGGAGCUCCUCUCUACGAAUGGGACGGUCUACGAAGAAGGCGCACCGGAACCUUCAGCAGUCACCGCACUCGUCCCGGCACCGGUGUGGGUGCCUCCCCCGCGCCCUCUGGCGCCCCCUUUCUCGCUCCUCCUACACCUCACCCUCCACUCGGCUGGUCACACUUCCCCACCGAGGAGGAGCUCGCCGAGGCCAGCAGACCUGUCUCGCCUGCCCUCUCUAGCAUAAUGGGCACGAUCCGCAGCCGCGCCCGGUCUGCCCUCCUCCCAGGGCACCCCGACUACAAGCCCAGCAACAACCCCUCCACCACAAAGGUGCAAAGCCCAAUGCACCCCGUCCAGUUGACCUCGAUAGCAGUGCCAGGUCAGGACAAUCCCGCUUCUUCCAACAACCCAUCAGAUGAUUUCCUGCACCCACUGGGAGCAACAAGACAAACCAGAGCAGGAACGACAGCUAGCGCCUCGAGUUCCAAACGGCGGGUCCAGUUCCCGGAAUACAACGAGGGCGAACACCCCCUCCCAUCACCACCCACCCCCCCGCCUCACUCUGCAAAGCGCCAGUUUUCCUUUCAAAACAUUUUCAAACGCAACCAAGCCCAGUCCAUCGACGGGGCGUUGGAGAGUGGCGGCAGCCCGCAGAGAAGCGGGCUCAACUCGAGGGGGUACUCGUCCCCUCAGGUGCGCAUCACGGGCGCGACGGAGGAGGAGAGGUUAGGGCUGGUUAAGCCCCAUCCUUUGGCCGCCAAGUCGAUGCCUGUUCUGCAGAUCCAGCGGUUUUCCGAAGAGGAGGAGGAAGAGGAGGACAGCGAGGAUGAGCAGCAGCAUGUUCAGGAGAAGAGACCUUUUGUUGGGGGGGAUGGGGGUGAUAGAAAGGCGAGGGAGUAUGGGCAUAGUAUUACGCAGGGGUAUACUAAUACUUCCCCUCCGAGGAAGAAGACGGAAAAAGAUGUGGAAAAGGAUGAGCUGAAGGCUUAUGAGGAGAGGAGGCAGAGGUUUAAGGAGCGGAGGAGUAUGGAGGGGGAGAAGGAGAGGCCGAGGGAGAGGAGUGGGAGUGGGAGUGGGAGUGGGAGUGGGGGGAGUAGUUCUGGGUCAGGGAGUGGCAAGAAGGGGAGGAGGAGAGGGAGGGCGGAUAGUAAACCGCCACCGCAGCCGCCUAAUCAUAAGAGGACGGGGACGGGAGGGGGAAGUGGGGAGUUUAUUUGA